UAACGAUAUACAACUAGGAACCGAGAGUGUUUGCUUUCUGCCCUUCUCACUGUCGCAGUACGGCAUUCCUGCCGGAAUAAUUCUCCCUUCCCCUUGCUUGCUCUCGGGGGAAGGUACGCCUCGCCUUUCCCCUGAAGGAGGCGGAGGACCAUGAAUUGUGAAGUUUGCCAUCUUAAAGAGCUGGAAGUAGAGGCAGUUGAAAUCCCAGAAGUCCUACGAUGCAUACUUCACACCAUUUUGUUCCACAGAGCCUUGGGGCUUGUUCGCCCAAAUGAUGUUGACUCUGAACUCUUUGAUAUUACUUAUGUGCAAUGUGGGGAUGCUGACCUGGAAAAGAAUAUAGAGGAAAAGAUCGAUCAGUUCAUUGCAUGGGUGGAGAAGCACCCUAACAAGAAAAGCCAGAUUUGCCUUUCCUUCUUUGAGAAAAAGAACAAACAGGCUACAUGGUUCAGUAACAAAAUUGAGCGUCUGUAUUGGGAGCAGUGGUUUAUUUAUAUGAAUGUUGUGUCCCCAAAAUCCUAUAUGGGAAAGCAUCACCAUGCCAAAGCUCGUACAGAUUCAGUAGAGAGUACAGACGUGAGUACUCCACGUCAUGCUUCUCUUGAGACAUCCCUUCGUGAAGUAUUGUUUCAAAUUAUCAAAUUUGUAAAUGAAAAGAAGGAUCAUAUUCCGCCUGUUCCAAUUUUGGAUUGUGUCUCAUUUCCUUAUGAAAUUACAUUACCAAGUGCCUCAGAUUCUUCAUUCGGCAUGGAUAUGAUCAAGAGGAUGCUUCAGACUGGACAUCCGACAAUGCUUGGUUGAUCAUCUACACUUGCAACUUAAAAAUCACUUUUCUGAUGUUUUGUGCAUAAUAGGCUCUUCGAAAACACUUGUUUAGUUCCUAACUGGCUUGUAAAUAACAGUAUAUUCAUCUGUUGAUAAAAUGAAAGUUCAUAGAA